UCGCUACUAGACUAACACAAUCACGUUCAAGAUACACACCGUCCGCCUUAUCACUGAAAAUGGCUGAACGAUUGCAUCGUAAUCGCCUAACACUAGCUCCUGUCGAUCUAAAAGUGUUUACCAAGUGCAAAACAGUGUUCGAUGUUGUGUAGUUACGUUAGUGCGCAGUUAUUUUAGAAAAAUGUCUUCAGCGUCGUCGGCAACGGGAAGGAAGCUGGUACUGAGCACUCUCCUCGAAACUGAUCACUACGAAAGCUUAAUCAAGGAACUGACUUGCACGAAAUGCAACAAGUACAUGAAACCACCGAUAUACCUGUGUGUGGACGGCCACAGUAUUUGCGGGCCAUGUUUUGAAAAGAGUUACCAGUGUCAUAUUUGCAAAAAAGAAUUUGCGCAGAUCCGCCCCAUGGUCCUGGAGUCACUCGCUAAUAAAGUGCUAUUUCCUUGCACUAAUGCAGGCUGUCCGAAACACGCUACACUACCUCAGCUGGAGAAGCACACGCCACACUGCCAAUAUCGCAUAAUUAACUGUUUUAUGGCUAGAGUUUAUGGUGAAUGCAGCUGGGAAGGUCGUGCUGGUGAAUGGAUGGACCAUUGCUUCUCGGAUCAUAAGCAAAGAGUGACUGAAUUGCCGUUCAUCACCAUCCAGGAUAAGUGGGACGCUAAGCGAACGGAACCAGUGUUAAACUAUUUUCUAUUGAAAUGCUAUGAUAAAAUAUUCAACGUUUAUCAGAUUUAUGAUAAGAGAGGGGGAAGAAUGAUGUGGACUGUUUUAGUUAACGACGACCACGCAGAAAAGUUUUAUUUUGAAGUUGAUAUAUUUUUACCGAAUAUUCCAUGCAAAAGGAUUGUUUACAGGCGGCCUUGCAAGUGCGAAAAAGACGCUGAUUUCUUAGAGCAUACACAAAACGUGUACAUUCCGGUCGAAAAUGUUUUCUCUAUGUUAGAUGAAACAGAGGCUUUGAACUUUACCGUCAGAAUUGGUGAAGUUGAGAACUUGCCUUUAUUGGAGACGCCCACAGCAAGCGAAAGUCUUAUACUACUUAACGAGGAACACAGAGAAGACCCAUAGAAAACAUUCUAUUGUAUUUAAGCAACAAUAACCAGCUGUUUUAUUGUAUAGAUUUCAGGCAUUGUUAAUAGUUGAGUUGAACAUUAUAGAUGGUUUACUUUUAAGAUUAGAUAUAUAUUUCUGCAAUGAGUGCAAUUCCUUUUAAAUAAAGACCUUUAUUUAUA